AUGGAAAUCAGCAAAACUCAAAUUGAAUCAACAUCAUUUUCAUCAACAAAAGUUUCAUCUGAAAUCCCAAAACCACCAGAAUCACCACGACCAUUAAAGAAAGUUUAUGUUGCUCCUAUAAGAUUUACACAUCCACCCUCUCCCCCUCCCUUCCUGAAAUCCACUCAAUUCAAAACUCCAUUAAUAAAGGCAGAGAAAAAGUACAGAAAACAGAAAGUGGGUAGUCCAUCGCCUGCUACACUGAGUCCCAUUUUCAUGCAUGAGCCAGUAACUGCUGCCCUUGAAAUGCUCUCCUCUGAGGAGACCAGAAUAGAGCAAUCAAAGAAGAGCAUGAUGUUUGGUUUCACUCAAGAGAAUGCUGAAAAGACUGUGACCAAUGUCAAGUCAGGCACACUGUCAUCUGAUUUUUCCAAGCACGCCCAAAUCUCAGAAACUCCUUCAAGCAUGAAUUUGAUCUCUGCUGGGAAUGGGCAAAAUCUCCCUGAAUCUGCUGUUAUUUCUGCAACUAAACACCAUAUUGUCUCUAAUGAAACAUCCAAAGUCUCCCCCAUUCAGCACCAGACAUCGAUUUCCUCCACAAAGCAACAGACAGUUACUGCAGCUAAACAACAGGUAUCGUCAGCAUACACAGAGCAGUCACACUUUGCUGUAAGUAGCUCUCAAGUCCAGAUCUCGACCAGUAAUGCUAAAAAGGUUGAAAAUAUGAAUGAAGAUGUCAAAAACCUCAAAACCACCUCUCAAGUCCAGAUCUCGACCAGUGACGAUAAAAAGGUUGAAAAUACAAAAAAAUAUAUCAGGAAAGAUGUCAAAAACCUCAAAACCACCUCUCAAGUCCAGAUCUCGACCAGUGACGAUAAAAAGGUUGAAAAUGUGAAUGAAGAUGUCAGAAAAGAUGUCAAAAACCUCAAAACUACCUCUCAAGUCCAGAUCUCGACCAGUGACGAUAAAAAGGUUGAAAAUGUGAAUGAAGAUGUCAGAAAAGAUGUCAAAAACCUAAAAACCACCUCUCAAGUCCAGAUCUCCACCAGUGACGAUAAAAAGGUUGAAAAUGUGAAAAAAGAUGUCAAAAACCUCAAAACCACCUCUCAAGUCCAGAUCUCGACAAGUGACGAUAAAAAGGUUGAAACUCUGAAUAAAGAUGUCAGGAAAGAUGUCAAAAACCUCAAAACUACCCCUCAAGUCCAGAUCUCAACAAGUGACGAUAAAAAGGUUGAAAAUGUGAAUGAAGAUGUCAGAAAAGAUGUCAAAAACCUCAAAACCACCUCUGAAGUCCAGAUCUCGACCAGUGACGAUAAAAAGGUUGAAACUCUGAAUAAAGAUAUCAGGAAAGAUGUCAAAAACCUCAAAACCACCUCUCAAGUCCAGAUCUCGACCAGUGAUGCUAAAAAGGUUGAAGAUACAAAACCAGAUGCCAAAAAAGAUGUCAGAAAUCUAAAAACUAAAAAUUCCCAUAAAUCUGAGGACAAGAAGAACAAGGAUAAUUCUGCAUCCCAAGGACCCGAAAAGGUUUCUGACCAGCCUACCAAAACAGAAAAGGUAACCCAAGAAACAAUUGUCAAAGUAGUCAGAUCACCCUUGGAAGACAAAAAUAAAUAUGAUAUUUAUGUAUCACAAGCACCUGAGAAGGUUCCUAGUCAGUCAAUUAAAAAGGUAACCUCAGAAACUAAUGUCAAAACAGGCAAAAAGAAGGCCAAAGGGCAAGAAAAGAAAGUAGAAGUAAAAGACAUGAAACAGCCAGAUGAAGCUAAGAAGGAAAUAAUUUCACAGGUGAAGGAUGUCACUAAGGGAAAGGUUUCUAGUGAGCAAACGCAUCAUGAGACUGAGGACAAAGUCAAGGUCAAGGAGGACAGUCAGAAAGUGCUUGCUGUUAAUGACAACCAACCAGCAACUCCAACUCCCGCAAGAAAGAAGAAGAAGAAGAAGAAGAGGUCAAAAGCCAAAGAUGCGGCUGCCUCUGCAGAAUCAACUAAAUCUGUUUCUGAAAGUUCCACUCAAAGUCAGGAGAUCACUGUAGUGCAGACGCACAAAGCCCAUCAAGAGGAGCACAUUCAGGUACAUAAGGAAGUGAUUAUCACUGAAAGCAAAGAUGAAAGCAAAGUUCACCAACGCAUCCAGGAGCAAGGAACAGUGAAAGUCGAAAAACAGGUCAAGGCAUCGCAAAAGAAGAAAGAGGUGACCUCAAACCAGCAGAUUCAAGACAAACCAAAGGAGAUAUACAGAAAUAUUCCAGUGAAAGUGGAAAGUGGAAAAAUGACAAGCCAGUCAUCACAAAAGGAUCCUGCGAAGCCCUCAACAGGGAGCACUGAGGAUUGUUUAGAGGGAACCCACACUACUCUGGAGAAGCAUGAGAGUAAACCUACUUCUGAAAAGAUCAUUGUUGGUGGGGAAACUCAAAAAAUACAUAAGAUAAGUAUUGGCUCUUCAAAAGUGGAAAGUAAAAAGACAUCACGUGAAAGCAAAAAGCAAGAGUGGAGUGUAAAAUCUAUUGAUCGUAGCGCACCCUCACCCUUACUACGGACGCGCUCACCCUCACCCACCUUUAUUACCAUUGAAUCUACCCAGAGAACGGCCUCACCUCGGAGAAUAACCCCAUCACCUAUCCCAAUGCUCAGACCAGCCACUCCCCCAACGCCUCCCCCUCGCAAAUUGGAACCUCCUACAUCACACAUCAAUAGGGCCACACCCUCUCCCACCUUUUCUAGAGCAGAGAACUUGGCGUGGAUAAAAUAUACUACAGCCCAGCUUUCUUGUGGAGUGACGCCACCUCCGGUUCCAAUUCCUAUGCAGGUCACAGAAAAUAAAUCUGACAUUGUGGAAUACCCCGCAUCAUUCUAUCGGCAGAUCAAAAUUGAGGAACAAACUGAGGAAACUUCUGAAAUGCUAGCGAAGACAAUUGUCACUGCCAAAAAACGUCCCAACGAAUUAUAUGAAGAGGCUCAAAUGGCUGCUGUGAAGGUCACAGGUGGACGGUCAUUCCCUCAAAUGGAUAAGGAAGACAUGGACGCUUCAGAAAUGUCAGACUCAUCAAUGGUGACUACAUCAGUGAGAGACAAGAGGGAGUUUUUUGCACAAAAAGCGGCAGAAAAUAAAACUUAUGUGCGAAAGGAUCCCAUUGACAUACCAGAGCGCUUGGGCCCAGACAUGGAGAUACUCGAACCAGAAAACCAAGACAGUAGGGAUGAAACACAAAGCACAUCUGAGAAGAUCGCAGAGAACAGCACUGAAGUAGUGGGAUCUACAGAGUCAAUCAAAAAAGAAUUGAUGGAACCUUCAGAAAUGUCAGAGUCGUCAAUAGUGACUACAUCAGUGAGAGACAAGAGAGAGUUUUUUGAAGAGGCACAAAAAGCUGAAAUAAAUAAGACCUAUGUACGAAAAUACCCUAUUAAUGUCCUAGAGCACUUAGGUCCAACCAUUAUAGAGCCUGAAACAGAAAACCAAGAGAGGAAGGAAGACGUACAAAACACAACUGAGAAAAUCACAGAGAAAAUCUCUGAAGAAGUGGGAUUUAUGUGGGAUGACCAGUGGGUGUCAGCUGCCAUAGAGGCUAUGGAAACUUCAGAAAUGUCAGACUCACCAGCAGUGACAUCAGUGAGAGACAAGAGAGAGUUUUUUGAAGAGACUCAUAAAGCUAAAGUAAAUAAGACUUAUGUGCGAAAGGAUCCCAUUGACAUACCAAAGCGCUUGGGCCCAGACAUGGAGGAGCCCAAAACAAUAAACCAAGACAGUAGGGAUGAAACACAAAGCACAUCUGAGAAGAUCGCAGAGAACAGCACUGAAGUAGUGGGAUCUACAGAGUCAACCGAAAAAGAAUUGAUGGAAGCUUCAGAAAUGUCAGAGUCGUCAAUAGUGACUACAUCAGUGAGAGACAAGAGAGAGUUUUUUGAAGAGACUCAUAAAGCUAAGGUAAAUAAGACCUAUGUGCGAAGGGAUCCCAUUGACAUACCAGAGCGCUUGGGCCCAGACAUGGAGAUGCUUGAACCAGAAAACCAAGACAGUAGGGAUGAAACACAAAGCACAUCUGAGAAGAUCGCAGAGAACAGCACUGAAGUAGUGGGAUCUACAGAGUCAACCGAAAAAGAAUUGAUGGAAGCUUCAGAAAUGUCAGAGUCGUCAAUAGUGACUACAUCAGUGAGAGACAAGAGAGAGUUUUUUGAAGAGACUCAUAAAGCUAAGGUAAAUAAGACCUAUGUGCGAAGGGAUCCCAUUGACAUACCAGAGCGCUUGGGCCCAGACAUGGAGAUGCUUGAACCAGAAAACCAAGACAGUAGGGAUGAAACACAAAGCACAUCUGAGAAGAUCGCAGAGAACAGCACUGAAGUAGUGGGAUCUACAGAGUCAACCGAAAAAGAAUUGAUGGAAGCUUCAGAAAUGUCAGAGUCGUCAAUAGUGACUACAUCAGUGAGAGACAAGAGAGAGUUUUUUGAAGAGACUUAUAAAGCUAAAGUAAAUAAGACCUAUGUGCGAAGGGAUCCCAUUGACAUACCAGAGCGCUUGGGCCCAGACAUGGAGAUGCUCGAACCAGAAAACCAAGAGAAGGAGAACCUUCCAAAGGUGGACUUGUCUGGAUUAGUCAACAAAUUUGAAACACCAGAAGAGAAAGUUUAUGUCAGAAAGCCUAUCACAAUGAGAGAAAGACGUGGGAGUGAGACAGAAUACACAAAGUCUGACAUAGAAGAUACAGAAACUCAAGAGGAGGAAAUGCUUACUUUGGACAUCAAGGCUAUUAAAAAUGUUUUUGAAAUGAGUGAGCAAAGUCCAUCUUUCAAAGACGAGAAAAAUCAACCGGAUGAGCUGGAUUCAAACCUGAGUGAAAACACAACAGAGAGUUCAAAAAAGGAGAACACCCAGGAGACACAGAGGGGCUCUGGGCAGAUUUUGCCCCUGCCUUCCCAGAAAGAAGUGCAACAAAUGUCAGCAGACCCAACAGACUCUGAAACCAAGUUAGUCACAGAGCAUUUUGUGAACUUAGAUGAAUUAGGCAACAAGACGAUUGGAUCACUGAGCAGCACAAUGAGUGUUUCCCAGCACUCAAAGAGCGUAACAACCGACCAUCCCCCCUUCUCAUAUGCUGACGUGGUAAAAAAAAAUGUUUCUCAGGUGACGCCAUCUGAAACCCCAGAUGAGGCUUCCACUGAAGAGUUGCUGAGGAAUUUCCACGAAACAUGGACGGAGAGUGAGAGUUUUUUCAAGAGUCUCGGCUACAGUGUCUCAGAGGAGAGAACAUCACAUCAAACGAAGAAUAGUGUUACUGACUCGAGUUCUCAAGUCGGAGCUUUGCACUGUGUGUCGGAGGAGGGUCUAUCCGAUGGAGUCUCUAAUAGCGGACAGAAAAAAAUUCCAUAAAUCUUGUUUCUGCUGCGAGUACUGCAGAAAUAAAUUAAGCCUUGGCAACUAUGUCUCUCUCCAUGGACAUCUGUACUGUUUACCGCACUACAAACAACUAUUCAAGUCCAAAGGGAACUACGAUAAUCGAUUUGGUCAGACACCUCACAAUGAAAAGAAUGUCAAUGAAAAUGGCAGUCUCGUUACC